AUGACUCCUCAUUUCAUCACGAUGCUUUGGGUGUUGGCUGCUGUGCUUGCCAUGCUGCAGGGCGGUCGGACUUUCCAGAUUCCGCCGCAUGCCCCACCAAUUGUCAACUUCAACGAUCAAGCUGCCGACCAGAUUCACAAUCAAUACAGUGCCGAUCUUGACACUUUUCGCGGUGCGCUGCACGACUGGUGGAGGACGCAAACAGACCAAGAUCCCAACAUCGCUCGCAUCGAUGUGCAUAGGAUGAUCCGCAGGCGAGACGCUGCAAAUGCUGUGACGAGAGCAGAGGCGUUAAUUGCUCGCAGCGGGCAAGAGCCUGCAGAAAGAAACGAAGAGCCGAGAAGACGAGGGGAUCGAAGCAGCCAAAAGAGCCGUCUAAUUACAGCUAUCCUCACUGAGAGGCCAGGAGCCACGUCCGGACAAGGUACAUCACACGGCGCAUCAGAGGGCGCUGUCCCUCGUCGCGUCAGAUCGCAGCGACGAUGCAAUGCUCCAGCACACGCUAGCAGCUCGUCAGCAGUUCCGACACCAAGAGCGGGCGUAUCAGCGCGAUCAGAGCAUCAAGCGCCUGCCACUACAUUCCUUCCGGUCAAGCAACGCGGUGGCCAAAGCAUGGUGAUGUGGAGUCCGGUCACCGACAACAAUUUCCGUGGCAUGCCUCCAAAGGCUAGAGAAGAUAUGAGCAAGUCGAUCGCGGCAUGGGCAGAAGCGAGCCAAUCAUCAGCGAAUGUGCACGUGCUGGGUAUCGGUCCUAGCGUGCUCCCUCAUCACGUUUCGGUGCACCAUCAGCUGUACGACGAGGGUAUGAACAAGAUCAGCAAUCCAAAGAUCAGCGAAGUGCCUCAUGUGAUGACUCACUUCUAG